CCUUAGCCUUGCGCCCUAAUCCGGGCUAUGAGCCGGAGCCUCUGCCUUACUCCCUGAUCCCGGCUGUGUGCGGGGAGCCGGUCCCUGCAGAGCAUCUCUGCCCAGAUCUGCAGCUCACCGAGGCCCACUGCCCCGCCGCGCUCCGGACCUGCGUCCCCGGCCCCGUGCAUGGCUGUUUUGCUUUGCCUUCCCGAAGGUUCCGCGCCUUGGCCGUGAAUGCUCGUUUGGGAAUGCUGGCCAGGCCAAAGGACACCCAGCCCAGGAGGAGGCUGGGCCCAGCGGGAGGACAGCGGGGUCGGGGAUCACCAGGACGUCGCCACCGCCGGAACCCGUGAGAUCCAGGUCCCAGGGUAAUUGCGCACAUCUGAAAGCUUCCACAGCCUGCCCUGCCCCAUGGACAAUGCAGACUGGAUGUCAGCCCUGUGCCCUGGUCUCUGGGAUGUGCCCCUUCACCAUCUCUCCAUCCCAGGGAGCCACGACACCAUGACCUACUGCUUGAACAAAAAGUCCCCCAUUUCCCGUAACGAGUCCUGGCUGCUGCAGCUUCUGGGCAAGGUCCUGCCAUGUGUCACCCGCCCUGUGGUGCUGAAGUGGUCCAUCACCCAGGCGCUGAAUGUCACAGAGCAGCUGGAUGCGGGGGUGCGAUACCUAGACCUGCGUGUCGCUCACAUGCUGGAGGGGUCUGAGAAGAAUCUGCACUUUGUCCACAUGGUGUACACAACUGUGCUGGUGGAGGACACGCUCACCGAGAUCUCUGAGUGGCUGGAGAGCCACCCCCGGGAGGUGGUCAUCCUGGCCUGCAGGAACUUUGAGGGAAUGACAGAUGAUCUGCAUGAGUACCUGGUGGGCUGCAUCAAGAACAUCUUUGGGGACAUGCUGUGCCCACGAGGGGAGGUGCCAACACUGCGUCAACUGUGGGCACAAGGGCAGCAGGUGGUCCUGUCCUAUGAGGAGGAGGGUACUGUGAGCCGACAUCCCGAGCUGUGGCCUGGGAUCCCCUACUGGUGGGGCAACAAGGUGAAGCCCCAGGACCUGGUCUGCUACCUGGAGCAGAUGAAGAGCUGUGGGCGCCCAGCUGGGCUGUUUGUGGCAGGGAUCAAUCUGACGGAGAACCUGGAGUAUGUCCUUGUGCACCCCUCCAAGUCCCUCAAGAAGAUGACGCUCCCCAACCUGCCGUACUUGUGCUCCUGGGUCCGAGAGCAGCAGCCUGGCCCAGCGGGCAGCUGCACCAACAUCAUCGCUGGAGACUUCAUUGGUGCUGACACUUUUGUCAACGAUGUCAUCAGGCUCAAUGACAAGCUGCUGGAGUGCUGACUGCUUCCACCUCUGUCUCGGGGGUGGGGGACGGGACAUAGGAGCUUUAGCAGUAGGGUAGGGACUCUGCUGACUAGCCCUGGAGGCCCAUGAUGGGAGCUGGGCUCCCCAGUGCUGAGAGCCUCUCUGGACUGCAGUUCUGAUCAUGCUGCUGAUAAAAGGCAGUAUCAGGUUUGCCAGGCCGUGUGGCCUCAGAGGAGAGCUAGGCAUGCCUGCUGGGGCGGGUAAAGUCUGAGAGCUGUGGGGCCGUGGGGCCCCAGAGUAGAGCUGGGUGUGUCUGCCAGCUACCAGGC